AUGGCCAUAGGCUCAGCAGCUUUCGCGGUGGUGUUAGCGAUCGCGGCGGCCGCGGCAGAGUCGCCAGCACCAGCAGCGCCGAUAGGGCUGGCCGACUGCAACACCAGCUGCGGGGGCGUGAGCGUGCCGUACCCUUUCGGCUUCGGGCCGCCGCGCUGCUACUGGCCGGGGUUCAACCUGACCUGCGACCGGAGCAGCGGCCAGCUGCUCCUCGGCGACGGCACGCUCCGUGUCGCCGAGAUCUCCCUCCGGAACGCCACGGUGCGCGUGGUGCGCAGCGGCUCCAUCAUCGACAGCGCCAGCAUCACCUCAGACCGGAACGUCUCCUUCGGCGGCAGCUUCAUGAACCACGGCUACAUGCUGUCCAACGGCAACGAGCUGGUGCUCUCCGGGUGCAACCUGGUGGCGACGCUGGUGGAGGACCUCGGCGUCGGGCCCGGCAGGUCGGGCAUCAUCAGCGGCUGCGCGUCCUUUUGCUCGUUCCGCAACAAGAAGGUGGACAGCGUCGGGCAGACGGGGGCGGGCAGCAAGUACUGCUCCGGCAUGGCGUGCUGCCAGGCGCCCAUCAACUACCACAGCUCCCCCACGCAGGUGCGCCUCAGGUGGCUGGACGCCGGGAACCACAGCGAGGCGCUGACGUUCCUGCCGACCUACGUGUUCGUGGCGGAGGAGGGCUGGUUCGACCAGAGGCCGCUGCCCGACGAGCUGCUGAGCGUGAAGCAGAGCCCGCCGAGGGCGGCGCUCGAGGUGCCCCUUGUCCUCCUGUGGGGGGUCAGGCAGGGCCUUCCAUCGCUGCCCAACUUGCCGGCCAACGCCACUACGGCAUGCUCCGCCGACGCAGACCGCGUGCUCUGCAAGAGCGACCACAGCGUGUGCGCGGCCGGAAACUUGGGCUAUACGUGCCAGUGCCAACAAGGUUACGACGGCAAUCCUUAUCUCGCCCAUGGAUGCCAAGGUUAG